CACCUGGAAACACCUAGACCAGCUAGACCAAUCAGAAAGCUCAACACGUUUAUACUGUGGCGAAUCUGCUCUUUAAAAGCUUUGUGGUCCUCAGUGCAGAAAGGAAUCGGUCCUCUACUUCACCUUCAUCACCAGGAAAGACUUUGCAGUGCAAGUCACAGCAAUGCUGCAUUUACUUGUUAUGACGUUCUAUAUGAGUGCAGUCCUGUCAGCCCCACGUCGAGACCCACAGCUGGAUCAGCACUGGGAGCUGUGGAUGAACCGGUACAAUAAAACGUACCAUGAGAAAGAGGAGGGCUGGAGACGAAUGGUGUGGGAGAAGAACCUGAAGAAGAUCGAGCUGCACAACCUGGAGCACUCCAUGGGCAAACACACCUACCGGCUGGGUAUGAACCAUUUCGCAGACAUGACUAAGGAGGAGUUCAGACAGAUUAUGAACGGCUACAAACCGAAAGCAGAGAAGAAGGUUAAUGGGACCCUUUUCAAGAAGCCCAGCUUCCUGAAAGUCCCUGCUUCUGUCGACUGGAGAAGAGAAGGCUAUGUUACACCUGUUAAGGACCAGGGUCAGUGUGCCUCCUGUUGGGCUUUCAGCACCACUGGUUCUCUAGAGGGCCAGCUGUUCAGGGCGACUCGCAGACUGGUUUCACUGAGUGAGCAGAACCUAAUGGACUGUUCUGGACCUAUGGGGAACCAUGGCUGUAAUGGUGGUCGGGUAGAGAUGGGCUUUCAGUAUGUUUAUGAAAACGGCGGUCUGGACUCUGAAGCAUCGUACCCAUACCUGGCAACAGAGGUCCAUAAAUGCUUCUAUAAUGAGUCCUACAAUGCUAUCAUCAUCGAUGGGUUCGCUUACAUACCGAGUGGCAGCGAGAAAGACCUGAUGGAGGCCGUGGCCACCGUGGGGCCAAUUUCUGUUUCCAUAGAUGCCAGUCAUAAAUCCUUCCAGUUUUACCAGUCAGGCGUCUACUAUGAGGAGGACUGCAGCUCCGAGCAGCUGAACCAUGCCGUCCUUGUGGUGGGUUACGGCUAUUCUGAUCAAAAUUACUGGAUUGUUAAGAACAGCUGGAGUGAAAACUGGGGCAACAAUGGUUACAUCUACAUGGCUAAGGACAGAUGUAACAACUGUGGCAUUGCAACAGAGGGCAGUUAUCCUAUUAUCCUCUGAGCAAAAUUCACUUGUACUGCCUUACAGCUCCUACUGCAGUAUGUGGGCCGAAGAAGGAGAAUAAAGUCUCAAAGUUGUGCUAUUUUAUUAACAAGAGAUGUGCAAUGAUAUACACAAAUAUACACAUAUUUAUAUUAGCCAUAUAUACAAUAAAUAGGUCUGCUGCUUGUUGACUUACUAACACUUUUUGUUUUCAUUACUAUUUUAAGAUUUAUGAGUAAGUAAUAAAAUAUCUAAAACCCUC